AUGGGUUCAAGGCAAAGAUAUCAGAUGCCUGUACUUGAAAUCGAUUUAAAUAAUUCAUGGACAGAUUCUAACAUUCAUAGUGAAGAGGCUCAAGAAGCUGCUACAGAGGAAUUGCAAUAUCAAUUGCCAGAUCUUAAUUGCAUUAUUGAAGAAGGUUUUGUUCUUGACUUCAACCUUAAUCAAAGUCCUCCAACAACUGAGAUAUCCUCAAGUCAAUUCCUUUUUUACUUGAACAAAGAGCCGUGUGCAAAAGAUGAAACAGAAGCAAAUCUCGAAGUGAUAGAAUUGGCGGAACCAAAUUUGAAUGCUGAUAACAACGUUAGUGAUGACAAUCCAAAUUUAGAAGUGGUAGAAGCACAAAGUGGUGGUCGCACAAGGAAACUUAAAACUUUGACCAAUGAAGAACGCAAAAGAAUACAUUGUGCUUUGUUGAAACAAAGUGUUACUGGAAAAGUCAAAAAAGGUACUCUCUUGACAUUGGCAUCAUCUUAUUCAGUUUCACUGAGAACUAUUCAACGUAUUUGGAAACGAGCAAAGGACAGUGGUGAUGUGUGUCAUAGGAAGACAAAAAAUUGUGGACGAAAAAGAGUUCAGAUUGACAUGGUUCGAUUUCGUGAGACCCCCUUAUCAAAGAGGACAUCUAUUCGAUCUUUAGCUUCCGCUUUAGACACAAAUCAGACCUCAUUGUUUAGACUUCUAAAGAUUGGAGUUAUACGGCGUCACUCAAAUGGCAUAAAACCAUAUUUGAAGGAAGAAAACAAAAGAUAUCGACUGCAAUUUUGUUUGUCUAUGCUGGAAAGUUGCAGCAUACCACAUGAUCCAACUUUCAUAGGUAUGCAUAACAUUAUUCAUAUCGAUGAAAAAUGGUUCUACAUGUCAAAGAAGUCUGAAAACUAUUACUUGCUACCAGAUGAGGAAGAGCCAUUACGCACUUGUCAAAGUAAAAAUUUCAUUCCAAAAGUCAUGUUCUUAGCUGCUAUAAGUCGUCCAAGAUUUGAUACACAAAGGACUGAAAUCUUCUCUGGAAAAAUUGGUAUCUUCCCAUACGUCACUCAAGAGCCAGCAAAAAGAACUAGUGUUAAUAGAUCUGCAGGUACAUUAGAAACAAAACCAAUAACUUUGAUAAAUAAAGAAGUUAUAAAAUCGUUUCUAAUUGAAAAGGUGUUACCUGCCAUCAAAGCAAAGUGGCCAAGAAAUUAUCUAAGGCAGCCAAUAUUUAUUCAACAAGAAAAUGCAAGAACUCACAUUGGCAUUGAUGAUGCUGAUUUUUGUCGAGCAGCUACAGAAGAUGGGUUUGAUAUUCGUUUGAUGUAUCAACCAGCAAAUUCUCCGGAUUUAAAUGUCUUAGAUCUUGGGUUCUUUCGUGCAAUUCAGUCAUUACAACACAAGGAAGCACCUACAACAGUUGAUGAACUUGUUAAUGCUAUUGUGAAGUCAUUUGAAGCUUUCUCCACUGUGGAAUCUGAUAAAAUAUUCUUAACACUUCAAACAUGCAUGAUAGAAAUCAUGAAGGCAAAAGGUUCCAACAAAUAUAAGAUCCCAUAUAGUAAGAAAGCAGUGCUAGAAAGAUGUGGCCGACUCCCUACUCGGAUGAAAUGUAAUCCCACAUUAGUGCAAGAAGUUCUUGAUUAUUUAAGUUUUUGA